AUGGCCCCCAGUGCCAGGAGGCCCGCCGCCGGUCGCGGCGGCCGCGGCGGCGGCGGUCGGGGCCGCCAGUCUCGCGGCGACGGCAUGGCGCCCUUUGCUGAGCCGCCGCCCGACGGGGACGCCGCCGCCGAACCUGAGGCGAAGGCCGAAGUCGAGGACAAGCCGCGGCCGCGCAAGGUCCCCAGGCUCGGCAAGGCAGGCCAGGCGGCUCACAUGGUCGCCUCGACGCUGGGCGGGAGCCUCCAGGUUGGCGACGUCAGGGAGGCGGCGGAUGAGGGCAAGCAGAUCCCGGGUGCGGCUGAGAGCAGCUCGCGCGGGGUCGCACAGAACAUGAACAACUCCUUGAUGAGCCGCGUCGCGGCAGCUAAGCAGAAGAUCGUGUGCCAUCCAGACAUGGGCAAUGUCGGCACAGCUAUGCCGCUACCACUGCCUUCGCGCGAGCAGAGGGACCCCGCGGAGACGUCCACGGUCGCGCCCUUUGACGGUGAUACGUGCACCGCGUGCCUGACGACUACUCACGCCUACGGCCCAGUUGGCUUCAACAUCUUUCAGCUGGACUUGAACGGCAAACCCGCGAAAAGGGCGCACACGAACAUGAAUAAGUUGAAUUCCCUGGUCGACAUAGUCUUCCAGAACGGUUUCCGAGGCUCCUUUCCAGAUACAUUCACUGCCGCGGUCAGCGUCACGGACGCCACUCAGGACGUUUCGGAGAUGUUCGGCAACUUAGUCACGGCCUCUCCUCCUGAGAUGAUUUGGGCCGUCAUCCUAGGCACGGCCAAGCUACUCGACACUAGCCCCGCUUCAGAGCAGGUGGCCAUGCUGAGGCGCGGGUUGAUCACCUUCCCAGUGAAGUUCACAGUGUCCCGCGAGAGCAUCACGGCUAUGGGCGACGCCGGGAAGCGCACGGCCACGCAGAGGUUCUUCGACAUCAUGGAGAGCAAGGACGUGAUCGAGACCUCGCUCGGGCAUGAAGUGGGCGCGCAGAGGACGGCGAAGAUGUGGGCCGAGAAGGUCGAGCUCGCACCGAACUCAGAAAAGAUUUCGGAGACGUACGUUGACGCCUGCUUUACCGUGGGGGCUAGGCUCAUGAGCAACGCCCAGACUCAGAAGAUCGUGGUGGAGGCCGACUCGAGCGGGACUACGCCGUUCGACAGCAUCUAUAAGUACGAGGCGGUGGUGAAGAGAGCUCAAUCAGGCAACCUGAUCCACUGGUGCACGGCUGGGCUGCUGGACCUGGUGACGGCCAAGAUGACCACGGCCGGCGAGAUCAGCCUUCGCCAGCUGACGGGUCGAGGACUCCCUGGAGGGAAGGGAUUGUUAGACCUGCUGAUUGCCAAGCAGGAGCUCGGGCACUGCAUCAUCAAGAAGGUGCACGACAUGGGCCUCAACGCAUCGACACUUCAGAGGUUGGAGACGUGGAUCAGCGGGCAUGACGCCUACCGCAGUAUGGUCGGGUACAAGGCAGGCGAGAAGGACGCGUCCUGGCGCACUGCGUUGAAGCAGUCCUCUAAGUUGGCCAUCGCUCUGUUCGAGGACUGCGUUUUCAAAGUUGACUUCGACUUGCAGAUCAAGCAGCAGAAAAUCCAGGGCUCGCCGGCGGGGGAGAUUCUCGACAGGUCCCCGUUGAAGGAGAAGGUCGACGCCAUCUACACUGCCCUUGUGGCAGAGGGCGACGCGGUGCCGACAGAUGCCACUGCCGAUGUCACAAUGCAGGACCUCCUCACCUCCGACGACGACGAUGAGCUCGACUUAGACCCCGUCAAGGGCAAGCUCUCAGACCCCGACCUACAGGAGCAGCUGAAGCCCUGGGCAACUAUCGUGAAAAACAAGUACACCAGGGUUGUGAAGCUCAUCGUGGACCCGCAGUCCCCAACAGGCGUGGCAGAGGCGCUUUCCACGUGGUGGGAGGGGCUCGACAUGCAGGUCGCCAAAGACUCGAACAUCGUCGUCUUCUACGACGCCAAGCUUUCAGGACACCCGAACGCGCGCGGGCACCUCCGCAUUGUUCAUUUCAGGGAUGCGCACUACGAUCGCAUGAUCAAAGGGUCGCUGGCUGGCCUGACUAAGGACGAUCAGCCGGAGGACGAGAUGCCCCCGAACGUGGUCUACUGCGUCUUCGACGGUGGCGUGCACGGUAACGAUCACAAGUUCGGCAAGCCCUUUCAGAACAAAGAUGGGAAGGCCCUCAAGAAGGACAAGCGCAUCCUGUUCCUGCAGACCACCGAGAAGUCCUUGAAGGAGCAUAGGGGCAACUACUCUGGUGUCUACGGGCUCCCCACGAUGGAGUUUGUUUUCCAGUUCAGCAAGGGGGAUCCCAUCCCUGAGAAAAAGAAGGUGUUCAGCGAGGGCUCCAACAAGGACCCAGUGAUCGGCAACUUCGACAAGCCGCCGAGGAACGAUCCGCUCACGUGGACGGUGAAGCACAGCGAUAAGCCAGGCUUGUACAACUCGGCGUGGAUAUUGGCUGGAGGGGCAGUUGCCGGCGACGACGCCAAGGCCGACCCUGGGCCGCGGGGCAAGGAUACCGUGCCUUUCAACUACCAUGGCAUGAAUGUCAAAGUGCACAAGGAGGUGACCAGUGGAGUGAACGGCGUGGUCAACAUCGACCUUACGUGUUGCAACGGGCUGCUCGCGAUCCACUCGCUGAUCGAUGAUGUGCCCUACUUCGGAGUGCGCUACUCGGAUGACCAGAAGGUGGCACUCGAGAAAUUCAUACAAAACACGAUUCUGAGGCUGAUGCACACUCCAGGGCACCCAUUGUUCGACCAGGCCCUGGCUGACAUCAUCGCGAAGAAAAGUGGACCUGGCAGCACUGGACCCGCCGCCGCCGCAGAGACCCCAAGCCCGAAGCCCCCCGCUGAUCCCGAGACCGCCCCCAAGGGCGGUAGGCCGCGCAAGGGCGCCGGGGCCGCCAGCGGGGAGGCGGCGGGGGGCGACGCGACUCUUCAGAGCGCCCUCGCUGCGAAGCUCGCGAGCCUGGACGGUUGA